AUGGCUAAUUGGUUUGGUUGGGCACCAUGGGCGAAGCCGAGGGGGCGACGGCCCCGUCCGCGACCACUUGAUCGCGAUUCACGUCAUUCCUCUGACUCUCAGUCUCGGUCUCGUUCUCGGUCUCGUUCUAGAUCUUUAUCUCGACCUCCUAGAAGACGGUCCAGGGAGCUUAACCCAGUUGAAAGAUUAGCUAAAGAGAAGAUGAGAGAAAGGGAGAAAGAAAUGGAGCUGGAAAAUUUUAGAUCGAUGGAUCCCGCUGCGAGAGCCGCUUACAAUGAGCAGAAGAAACUCGAGCAUGAGGAAGGAAUUCGGAAAUUGAAGGGGAGAUUUGCAAGUCGUAAGAGGAAGUUGGCAGAGAAACAUCAAGAGAAGGUUGUGGAAGAAAAUCGUGGAUGGAAGAGAAAACAUGAAGAUGACGCUGUGGUCCAAGCCGCAAAGAGAAGACAGAAAUUUUUGGAAAAUCGGGGGAAGAAAGUUCCAGCAUCGCAAUCGGUGGUGACGAAUAUCGAGCGAGAGAGGUAUAGAAUUCAUACAACGAAAUUGUUUGAAAAGAUUUAUGCGGAUCUUCAAUAUCAUUUUUUGCACCCUACGUUGAUCAAUUCCGAUACGUACGAUCCUUAUGAAGGGCUCUUUGACGAUCUUUCGGGGGUAUACAUACGAUUUUUAUUGUUAGCUCAAAACCCAGAAGAGCAUGUGAAAGGCAUAGGCACUGACAGUGCUUGCGUUCUCAUGCUUUCACAGAAUUUCCGCACCGCAUUGACUUAUGGAGAAUUGCCUGAUGGAACUUUCCCCGGGCCCGAUCAAAAGGGGUACUCACAUACUACUAGAUGGGACGAGUUCCAAUUGAAGCUCAAGUUGGAACAUUUUAGCAUUAGAGGGUUUGCUAUCGCACGACAUAUUCCAUAUAUGAAGGUUUUUAGUCGCAGCGGCUCGAAGAUUUUUGGGGGCGAUGUGUGGCCAGCGAAUUUGAAUCUUCAGCUGGAUCCUUCGAUCAGAGAUCCGUUUGAAGUGUGCCUUGGAGGGGAUGGAACUGUUUAUCCUUGCUUAUUCACACCCCUUCCUGGCGAAUCCGAAUCUGUACAUCAGGGUGUCUUCAAGCUUCCAUUCAAGAAUCCAAAAGAAAAUGUAGAAAGUUUGGGACCUGCGAAAACCCGUGUGGUUCCGCUCCGCUUUCAAAAUCUGAAGGCCAACAUAUUCAACAGAGAAAUUUUCAAACAAUAUGCUCCCCCAUCAACAUGGCCACCAAGCUGGGAAUAUCCGCCUGCGGAUAUUCAGCAUCCAUGUCAGGAAUGGGGCAAGAACUAUCCGUUGUGUGUUGCUUGUGGUCUCCGAACGGGGCCGCGGGAAGUAGUAGAAGAAGUACAGGAAGAACCACAAGAAGCAGAAGAGCCAGAAAAUCCAGAAGAAGCAGAGCCAGCAAAAGCACCCGAAGGGGAGCCAAUCUGUCGCUGCAGGACGAUCGAUGUUUGCAAUCGAAUCUUGGUAGAGAUCAAGGAAUAUCAUUCCGAAUCCAAUUCCAAAAUGGCUACCUCUGUUGACCGCGGAGUCAGGAUUUUACAACACGUACCAAGAGGCCAUAUCAUUUCGGAAGUCCUUGGAGAAUUCAUCCCACUUGGUGCCGAGGUUGAUUUCAAGUGUCCUUCUACAUUCUCUGUAGACUUUCAUGCACCUCCCGCCGUCGACAAGUCUGGAAAAGUUCUAGAGAUUGACCCCGAUGUCGUAGUGGAGAAGACCAUUGACACCAAUACAGAACCGAUCGCAACAUUGAUUACUGGCCAUAAAGGUGGAUGGACUAGGGUGGUUAAUAAAGGCACGAGUAAAACAUCAAAUGUUGAAUUCCGCUCGGAAGUCUGGGCAGGGAAAUUACGCAUCACUGUUAGAGCGUUGAGGGAUAUAAACUUUGGAGAACAAUUAUUUGUCCGAUGGGGAGAUUCGUACCUAGAACCUGAUGGGCAAACGUUGCAUGCUAAAAAGAAGGAUCAAGCUGAAAGGUUACCAAGGAGAGCACUUAGCGGAUUCUACAAUGUCCGUACUGCAUCCAGAACUCUUCGACUACCAGCCCAAUCACGAAACUUUAGAAUCCCACUCUCUCUGCGAAGUCGUGCAAACUUCGGAGCUUCAACAAGAACAACACCAUCGCUCAAACAAUUCUCCACCAUGUCUCCUUUGCAAUCUGGGGCCCCGCCACCACCCCAAGCUCGAGAAUACGAUCCUGAGAUUAAGGAUAUCGCCAGCUAUGUCCAUAACACCCCAAUUGAAUCUGAUCUUGCUUUCGACACAGCUCGAUUUGUUUUCCUCGACACUCUAGGCUGCGGUCUCGAAGGUUUACGAUUCAAAGAAUGUACAAAAUUGUUGGGUCCAAUCGUUGAAGGGACUAUUGUUCCUAAUGGCACAAAGGUCCCAGGUACACCAUUUCAGCUCGAUCCUGUAAAUGGUGCAUUCAAUAUUGGUGCUAUGAUUAGAUGGCUCGAUUACAAUGAUUGCUGGUUGGCUGCAGAAUGGGGUCAUCCUUCCGACAAUUUGGGAGCAAUUCUCGCAGUGGCAGAUUGGAUUUCUCGAACAAACAGAGCUGGUGGAAAUCUCGGCAAUGGUAAAGUCAUAACCAUUAAAGAGGUUUUAGAAGCCAUGAUUAAGGCACAUGAGAUUCAAGGUUGUUUGGCACUCUUGAACUCUUACAACAAGGUCGGUUUGGACCAUGUUGUACUUGUCAAGGUUGCUAGUGCCGCUGUAGUUUCCAAAUUGUUGGGAUUGAGCGAGAAGCAAACUGCAGAUGCAGUUUCACAAGCUUGGGUUGAUGGACAGAGUUUAAGAACAUACAGACACUCUCCAAACACUAUGUCAAGAAAGUCAUGGGCUGCUGGUGAUGCUUGCCAACGUGCCGUAAACUUGGUCUUGAAGGUUAUGAAGGGCGAGCCUGGUGUUCCUACAGUUUUGUCUGCUCCAGUCUGGGGUUUCUACGAUGUUCUCUUCAAGGGUAACAAGUUUGAAUUCCAGCGUCCAUAUGGCAGCUAUGUUAUGGAGAACGUGUUGUUCAAGGUAUCUUAUCCAGCCGAGUUCCACUCUCAAACCGCCAUCGAAGCCGCAAAACGUAUCCGUCAACAAUUGGUGGACCAAGGAAAGUCUGCCGCUGAUAUCAAGGAGAUUACCUGUCGAACACACGAAGCUUGCGUUCGCAUCAUCGACAAACAAUUCAAGCCUAUGGACAACUUUGCCGAUCGUGAUCAUUGCAUCCAAUACAUGACUGCAGUCAUGCUCGUUUUUGGGCGUCUUGAAGCAACAGAUUAUACCGAUGGCGGAGAGGCUGCUACUUCUCCUUUGGUUGAAUCGCUCAGACAGAAGAUUGCCUGUGUCGAAGAUCCACAAUUCACCAAGGAUUAUCACAACGAGAACAUGCGAACCAUUCCAAAUGCUUUGACCGUCACAUUGAACGACGGACAAGUUUUGGAAGAGGUUGUUGUUGAUGCUCCAUUAGGUCACAGAUUGAGAAGAGAAGAAGCCAAACCAGAAAUUUUGGCCAAAUACAAGAGACACUUGGGACCACAUUACAGUGAAGCUAAGGUCAAGGAGUUGGUCGACUUGGGCAAUGAUUCCAAGAGACUUGAGGCAAUGGCAGUGGAUGAGUAUGUUGACUUAACUGUUCAUCUCUUUUAUUGCUUUUCUAAACAUACCCAAUAUUCUACCAUUAUGGCCAAGCCACUGUCAGAUGAAGAAGUUGCUAUUCUCAAAGAAGCAUUCGAUGCAUAUGACACAGAUAAAGGGGGCAACAUUACCGUAGAGGAAUUUGGCCGUGUGAUGAAACAGUCUGGACAAAAUCCAACCGAAGAAGAACUUGCACAAAUCAUAAAAGAAGUGGACCUCGAUGGUGAUGGUACUAUAAACUUUGAUGAGUUCAUUGCCAUGAUGACAGGUCGAACGAGGCAAAAGCCGGAUGAUCCAAAGCCUAGUGAAGAUGAUUUGAGAGCAGAGUCGGCUCCAAUUCCUGUUUCGAGUGAGGAAGAUUCAGAAGAGGAGUGGAAAUCUGCGUGGAAGGAACAUGAUCAAUCUUUAAAGGGGUCAAUCACUGCGGCUCAAUUGAGACAGGUUUUGGGAAAUCUGGGAGAAACAAUCAGUGAUGCAGAGAUUGACAACGCUAUAAUGAAGUCUGUUGAUGCAGAGGAUAAAAUUAGUUAUGCGGAAUUUGUCGAAUUUAUGAAGGGGAGAUCUACCUCUGGGAUAUGA